AUGUGCAAAGAAAUAGAUGAACCUGAUACAGAAUCACCACAAAAUAAACAAAAUAAAGAUACAACGAAACGUAAUGCUCCGCCUCCAGUAGAGAAGAAAACAAAUCCACCUCCUCCAAAACAAGAGGAACCAAAACCAACAGCAUAUUCAGCUCCUGCUAAGCCAACUCCAACAAAUAAUAAUCCUCCACAGAAGCCAAAAGGCACACGUAUAAAGCCUCCGGAUUUUGAUCCGGCAUUAUGGGAAGAAUAUUAUUCUGAUACUUAUGUUACAGAAUAUUAUUAUACAAACUCUAGCAGUGAUAGUGGUAGUUCUAAGAAUAGUUCUUCAACUACCUCUUCAACCUUAACUACAACGUUUUCUACUUCUUCUACCUCUUCUGUGUCAAGUUAA